AUGCCCCCCUCCCUACACCCACUGAUCGACAACGGCCUCACCAAAGGCUCCCCCUCCGAGUCCUUCCCCGGCGGCACACUGCACUGCCUCUGCCCCAGUUCCAGUUCCAACUCCCCAGUCGAAAUAACCCUCUCCAGCAACGUCUCCCACAACCACUUCUGCGGGUGCUCCAAAUGCUGGAAACCGUCCGGGUCCCUCUUCUCCCUCGUCGGCGUGAUCCCCAAAACCCACCUCUCUGUCACAGCCAACGGCCACAAACUGGCAGUAAUCGACAACAGCGCCGCCAUUUUGCGCUACGCGUGCAAAGACUGCGGGACACACAUGUACGGACGCAUCGAGAAGGAACAUCCCUUCUACGGGCUCGACUUUGUGCAUGUUGAAUUGUCGGACCAGAAGGGAUGGCAGGAACCGCAGUUUGCUGCGUUUGUGUCGUCUAUUAUCGAGCAGGGGUUUGAUCCCAGGGGUAUGGAUGAGGUGCGGGCUAGGUUUAAGAGUCUUGGGUUGGAGACGUAUGAUGCGCUUUCGCCGCCUCUUAUGGAUGCGAUUGCUACCUGGACGGCGAAGAGGGCUGGGAAGUUGUCGCUAUGAGGAUCUUGAGCGGAGUGGAAUCAGGGUCGGGAGAGGUGAUGCUGGAUCUGGGCAAGCAUGG